AAUAGUGUACACAGCCUCAAAGGGGCGGAAGAUAUACAAGAAAGUUAAAUAAAGGCGAAAAGCUGGCGGACUCUUACGCAAUGGACGAUGACUGCGAGGACACAGCCAGCACGGCGUGGUGUCCGGGCUCGCGCUACCGGCCCGAGCCGCCCGACACCCUCGCCAAGGCCAGCCACUUCACCGCCCACGAGAUCAAGCUCAUGUACCGGGGGUUCAAGCAGGAAUGCCCGACUGGUGUGGUGGACGAGGAAUCCUUUAAGAACAUCUUCUGUCAAUUCUUUCCUUUAGGAGAUGCCACUCAAUACGCUCACUUCGUUUUCAACACCAUGAAGCCAAAGCAGAGAGGGAAACUUAAUUUCGAGGAAUACCUGGAGACCCUCUCCCGCGUGGCUCGCGGGUCUCGUCAGGAGAAGCUAUCCUGGGUGUUUGCGCUGUACGACGUGGACGGUGACGGGCGGAUCUCCCGCAGCGAGAUGCUGGCGGUGGUGCGAGCUGUGUACGAGCUGCUUGGCCGAGCUGCUGCACCGCCGGUACACAAGGCGGCUGCGGAGGACCAUGUGGAUAGGAUCUUCCAUCUCAUGGACACCAACGCGGAUGGAGUGGUGACACCAGACGAGCUGGCUCGCUGGUGCUCUCGAGACCCCGCCCUGCUCCACUCCCUGGACACGCUUGACACAAUUUUGUGAUCCCAAUUUACGCCGGACCAUACUGCCGACGUGAACACAACUAAUCCUGAACCUUUGCCGAUCAAAUCCACCGAUUCCACCAAAUCCUCUGAGUCUGUUAGGUCAUCUAUCAAGUCUUCCUCGUCUGGGAGAAUUGUGACUGCGACUAUCCGCCAUGCUGCUCCUAAAUCUGUCGUUCAAACGCCCACGUUUUCUCCUGUCAGAGGCAGGAAGUUGUCUACACCACCGCCACCACCACCACGAUCUUCUAGAAGGAGUGUCGACUCGCAAGCAUCGAGCUCGUCUAUGAUGUCUGGCAGUCCAGCCCCGCCCGUGCCAGUGCGUACUACUGCUGCUGUCACCGAAGAGGUACCUUCAAGAAGAAGCAAAAGAAGAUCUAGCAGAGCCUCGCCACCACAUCCACGGUGAACAAUGAGUUCUAACGCCAUACACAUAGGGAACAAAAUCGAAUGAUACUUCUUCAAGGGUGUUAGAAUAAGCUGUCCUUCUUGUUAGUUCUUCUAUUCUAAGGGCAUAUUUCACCACUUGCUGAUAAAAUGCCGGAUGGGCUAUCUACAACUUUUUUGACAGAUUCUCCAUUCUCUAUCUGUCAAGUUAAAUGGUGGAUAGCAUAUCCGACACUUAUCAGGAAGUGGUGAAACAGGCCCUUAGAGUUCAGAUAUUUAUUUGGUAUUCUAGUUUUUUUA